AUGGCAAGAAACAAACGCAUGGUGCUAACGCUAUACAACAGCCUCUCUCUCGGCAACAAAAGUAAAGCCACAGCUCUUCUCGCCCCCAACGUCGACUGGUGGUUCCAUGGCCCCCCGGGCCGCGAUCACAUGAUGCAAGUUCUCACCGGCGUCGACGUCGAGAGGUUCCGGUUCGUGCCGCGUCGGGUGGCGAAGGUGGGGGAGUGGGUGGUGGCCGAAGGGUGGGGGUUGAACCGCCAGGAGGAUAGCUAUUGGGUGCACGUGUGGCUGGUCGACGGCGGGGUUAUCACUAAGUUUAGGGAGUACUUCAAUACGUGUGUCACGAUCCGGGAGCUCGGCGAGGUUUUGGGGAAGCUGGGCGAUGAGACAGUGUGGAAGAGUCGGGAGCUAAGGGGUCGGCCGCUGCCGGGGUUAGUUCUGGUUGUUUGA